UGGUCAGCACAGAUGUGGACAGGAGCAGGCCGCGACCCCCUGUCCAGCUGAGGCGUCUGGAAGGAGCAGCUGCCCUCACGGGAAGUGUGAGCCCCCAGCUGCCUGGAGCCUGUCCACCUGGCAAGCGGCCUUUGGGAUCAGCCAAGGGAGCAAGUACUCCGAGCCCUGCAGACCGGCCGAGGCCCGUGGGGGGCACCCUGAAGGGGACCCUGUGGGGGAGGCGCAAAGUGUAUCUUCAGAGCAAAUUCCCAGGAGUGGGAUUGCUGAGUCAAAAAACCGUCAGUGCCUCUCUGUGGAAACAAAGUUUCAGCUCUGGGGAAGCUGUGGGACACAGAAGCAUCUCAGAAUUUACCCACGACAACAGAAGCAUAGCAGUUUCAAAACACUCAGUGUACAGAAAAUCAGGGAUGCUGCAAGAAAGCACCGGCAAGGCAGAGCGCAGACCCUCCUGCCUCUCCAAGAACUUGAACAAGCAUGAGGCACAAGAACACUCCAGCUCCUGGUCUCCGGAGAUGCUGUUACACGGACUGAGGGCCAUAAAAGCCAGCCAGGAUGACAAGUUUGCGCAGGUCCUGGACGCGGCGGGGGAGUUCGGCGCGUUCCAGCGGAGGCUGGUGGUCCUCACCUUCAUCCCGAACAUUCUGCUGGCCUUCUUCACCUUUGCUGACUUCUUCGUGUUCACAGCCCAGAGGCCCUACUGCAACACCAGCUGGAUCCUAGCAGUGGGCCCCAACCUCACGGAGGCUGAGCAGAUGAAUCUGACCCUGCCCCGAGAACCCGAUGGAAGUUUCCAGACAUGCGUCAUGUACUUGCCGGUGGCCUGGGACCUGGAUUCUAUCAUCCAAUUUGGCCUCAACCACACGGACUCGUGCCAAGAUGGGUGGGUCUAUCCUGACACCAAGAAGCGGUCACUGAUCAAUGAGUUUGACUUGGUGUGUGGCAAGGAACAGAACUCGGAAACCGUGCAGACCAUCCUCACGACGGGCCUCCUCCUAGGGUCUCUCCUCUUCGGGCUCAUAAGUGACAAGCUGGGCCGCUACCCCUCCAUCCUGAUAUCGCUGCUGGGGCUCAUCGUCUUCGGCUUCGGGACGGCCUUCGUCAACACCUUUCACCAGUACCUCUUCUUCCGCUUCGGCGUGUCCCAGGCCUUGGUGGGCUACACCAUCAGCAGCGUGUCUCUAGCCACCGAGUGGCUAGUGGCUGAGCACCGGGCCCAUGCCAUCAUCCUGGAACACUGCUUUUUCUCCGUGGGAGUCAUGUUCCUGACGGGGCUUGCCUACAGCCUUCCCCACUGGCGGCUGCUGUUUCUGGUGGGCGGAGUACCUGUGUUCCCCCUCAUCUCCUACAUCUGGGCUCUGCCGGAGUCUCCGAGGUGGCUGUUGAUCAAAGGGAAGCUGGACGAAGCCAAGCAGACGCUGUGCUAUGCGGCUGAUGUGAACAAGAAGACCAUUCCUGAAAGUCUGCUGGACAAGCUGCCGAUGCCAGGAAAGAGGGUGAUGAAGGCGUCUAUCCUGGACUUCUGUAGCAAUAAGCACCUCCGGAGGAUGACCCUGGUGAUGGGCUGUGUGUGGUUUACUGUCGGUUACAGCUAUUUUACGCUGUAUCUCAAGUUGAAGGACUUGGACAUGGAUACCCACUUCCGACACGUGAUCCCCAGUGUCCUGGAGAUGCCCGCCCGGCUGUGCUGCAUUUUCCUCCUUGAGCAGAUGGGCAGGAAGUGGAGCCUGUUCGCCACGCUCUUCCAAGGCGCCCUGAUGUGCUUGCUCAGCCUUCUCCCCUCCGAGCUGAAAUCCAUAAUGGUCCUGACGGUCACGCUUGGAGAGUUCAGCCUGGCGGCCUCGACCACCGUGUCCUUCAUCUACACUGCUGAGCUGCUGCCCACGGUCCUCAGGGCAACAGGCCUGGGGCUGAUGUCCAUGGCCUGGGCAGCUGGAGCCAUCUUGUCCCUGAUGAUUAUCGACCAGACACCCAGCCUCCUGCCCAUCCUUGUCUGCUGCAUCUCAGCCGUCCUGGCUUUGUUCCUCUGCUCCCUGCUGCCAGAGACGGAAGACGGGCCUCUCCUUGACGUCCUGGAGCAGUAUCCCCUGCAGGCAAGCAGCCUCUUCAGGGCCAUGGCUGAGAAGCUGCUGGCCGAGGACGCAGCCCACACAGACAGGCCCCAGGACGUGGUGAGGAACACCAUCCUCAACUCCCUGAUCCUGAAGCUGGACUCCGACAUCCUCGCCGCCAGAUCUGCGCAGGGCAGAGCAGAGGACACAGAGCCACAGAGUGGCUGAGGGCCAGGCCCCCUACUGUCUCCCCUGGAGCCCAGGGGCUGGGCAUGGCACGGUGGACCCCAGGCCACGAUUUCCAGGGCCCAGUCCAGCACGGGGUAGGGCGCAGGCCAGUCCCGCUCCAAGGCCAGCCCUCGAGAUCCAGAAAUGGUGCCUCCCGGGGAAGCUAGGGUGUGAUUCAUUGCAAUAAAUGUGCCGUGUUGGGCUUGA